GCGGGCGGGAGGCGGGGAGCGCAGGGGCGGCGGCGGCGCAGCGGCAGCGAGCAUGUGCUGCGCAGCCCAGUAACCAGGGACGACCGCGGCUACCGAGCGCCGGCGGCUGCGGCGCCCAGCCCCGCGCAACUCCGCGCCGUGGCCGCCUGCACAGCCAAGGCCUGGCCCUCGCCGCCCGGUCCCCGAGGCCCCUCGAGCCGCGGUCGCGCAGCCCGCCGGAGCCCCGCGCACGGGACGCGCGGGCACGGCCAGACAAAGGCGCGGCCCCGGCCCGGCACAGUCCGGCCUGCCGGCCUCCGCGCGCCCCGGCCCGACCCAGCCGCUCCCGCUGGGCGCCCCAAGCGGGUCCGGCCCGGGGAGCGGGGGCCGCGGCCGCCGAGCAUGGGGAAAUCCAACAGCAAGUUGAAGCCUGAAGUUGUGGAGGAGCUGACCAGAAAAACCUACUUCACCGAGAAGGAAGUGCAGCAGUGGUACAAGGGCUUUAUUAAGGACUGCCCCAGCGGGCAGCUGGACGCGGCUGGCUUCCAGAAGAUCUACAAACAGUUCUUCCCAUUUGGAGACCCCACCAAGUUCGCCACGUUUGUUUUCAACGUCUUCGAUGAGAACAAGGAUGGCAGGAUCGAGUUCUCCGAGUUCAUCCAGGCACUAUCGGUGACCUCAAGGGGGACCCUGGAUGAGAAGCUGCGGUGGGCCUUCAAGCUCUAUGACUUGGAUAACGAUGGCUACAUCACCAGAAAUGAGAUGCUGGACAUAGUGGAUGCCAUUUACCAGAUGGUGGGGAACACUGUGGAGCUCCCAGAAGAAGAGAACACUCCUGAGAAGAGGGUAGACCGGAUCUUUGCCAUGAUGGACAAGAAUGCUGACGGAAAGCUGACGCUUCAGGAGUUCCAGGAAGGCUCCAAGGCCGACCCCUCCAUUGUGCAGGCACUGUCCCUCUACGAUGGGCUGGUAUAGUCCAGGCCCAGAGCUGGGAUGUGUGGGAAUCACUCGCCUCUUCCUGUGCCAUGAGGCCACCGCAGCCUGACACCACCCCCGUGCCCACCCAGCCUUUUUCAUCUACACACAGCCGGCUGCCCCUGAGCCUCCAGGCCCGGUUCCCUUUCCCCCUGCCCUGCAUCCACCUGCCGCCUGAAGCCCCUGGUUCCAAUUGUCAGCAGCCUCCGCUUGUUCAAAAUAGCGAUGAACCGAAAUGGAAAAGGCUCCAGCCCUCCGCAAAACUAAGGACUUGGCUGUCUCCCUCGGGCAGCCAUUCCAUUCCUCCUGCUCUCCUGCGUGUGUGCUUUCUUUUUUUAUUUCAAAUGGACAUUGUAAAAGAAAACAAACAAACUACCUUCUGUUCUAGAAGAUACUGACCCUUGGGAGAAGGCCUCUAGAGCUCUGAGAACUCAGUCUCUGCCUGGCCCUCUGCAGCGGUGGCCAGGGGCCAGGGCUGCCUGGUGGAGAGGGCUCUCAGCCCAGCCUUUAGGGGCGAGGCCACUGGCAGGCAAGGAUGGUUAGUGAUGAUGGCUCAUGUGAUAACAGUAUUGUGUUCCGUGGGGAAAGUGAGUUUUUUUUAUACUCAUAUAUAAUCAAUACCUUUUAUUUAUUGGUUGUUAACUAUUGCUGCUACCUUGUGUGUCUGAAACUCCCAGGAUGCUGGGCCUCCGUUUACAUGUGCACACCCUCACCCACCUGCCCACCUCACUUGGGAGGAUGGUGGCCUGCAGCGGCCAAGAAGCCAAAAAUCUUUUCCUCUUUUCUUCAGAUACUGUGCUCCAUUUUUGGAGAGGGGAAGGUGGGCAUUCCUAAAUGGCUAAUGUACUGUUCCCCCAGCUUCUGCCCUGCAGGCCCCACCCCUUCCCCUGCUCUCCUCGGAGUCCAUAACACUUUUUUCAAGGACAAACAGGACUUUUUUUUUUCAACUCUUGCUCUGAUGUUCACAGCAGAGAGAAAGUGGAGAGCCUUGUUCUGGGAGUGGGGACUGGGAGAGGGCAUCGGGCACAGUAUGGAGAGUAUGAAGUAGGCUUCUCUGCAGUCCACUGGCAGAAGUAAUCAUGUCUCUGCCUCCUUGAUGCUAGGGGUCUGGAGAGCCUGUGGAUUCCUCGGCUUUCCUGCCGCUGUCUGCCUUUCGUAGCGGGCUACAUGGCUUCUUCUCUGCUCGGAGGCUGAGAAGGAGGGGAUGGAAGGACAGGACCAGGCCAUGCUACUGAAGGAGGCUCUGCUUGUCCAGAGCCAGGGAUGGCUUCUAUCUGUCACCAGGAACACUGGGCAGCCAUGGACCAGAAGCAAGAGGCCUGAGGUUGGGCUUCUCUGUGAUUUCAUAGUCUGCCAUCUCGGUCAGUGGGGCUGGGGGGGGUGCGGCAUUGGUGGUUGGUCUGGCUGAUGAUGUCUGAGUCUCAGCCUGGAGCUUGGGUUCCUAUGUCUGUGGUACUGUUCUGUGGUUGUGUUUGCCAGGCCCUGAGUGUCUGAUGGCACCUCCUUCAGCCUCUCUUCAGUGUUCUCUAGGCUUGUGAGCUCCUUUGGGGCUCACCCUCACCGAGGGCAACUUUCUCAGUUGAGACGCGGCCUCCCAGCUGCAGACAGGCAGGCCUAGGCCCAUAGUUCUUGCUUCUAGUUUGUGUAGCCUCUCUGGCCACCAGCGAGAGGGGAAAUGGCCACUGGGUUUUGUUCGGCUCCAGUCCCCUGUAAUCUCCACCAUACUUCUAGGAGGCCUAACUCUUCCUUGCUAAUGACCCGUGGGUGAGUAGCUGUCAACUGGGGAUGGAUGUUCUCCAUCAAGUGGUGGCUUUGUGCUUCCUCUCCACUUGUGUGGGUGGGAACGCUUAGCCAGUCCACAAACACACCCCUUCAUGGGCAGACCGUUUGCUCGCGCUGUGCCCACUGUUGGCCCACCAGAUCCCACAGGGCUCUGGUUGCAUAGGCAAUUUUCUUUGAGGUUUUUCUGGGUCAGCUUCCUGCUUGGCCACAACAGGGCCUCUAGGAUGGUGAGUAGAUGCGGUGAUGUAGGUUGAGAGGAUAAGAGUGGACUUUCUGUAGUCUCUGGAGCCUCUCUGGCAUAGCAUUUUUGGUGGCAUCAAGACUCAAUGGAUUCUUAGCUGUGGACUGUCAAGGAUUAAGUGUGGGUUUUCACCCAGUCUGGGGGUCCAGAUUUUUUUCCUCUUGGCAUCUUGGCUUUUCAGUUUGCAGCCUCAAGUGUGGCUUUUGGUCUUCACAGUUUAUGUCCUUGGGCCAAGCCUUGGACACUGAGACAGCCCUGGGCUGCCUUGUUCCUGGCAGGAUGCCGGACACUGUUUUCAUUCAAGGAUGCGUCCUGACAGACUUCCAUCCUUCUCUCUCACCAGCCGUUAGCUGUGGCACACAGCACGCCCAGAAUCUGAGGCUGGGCCUCUUCUGAGCAGCCUGAGGGCCUCUCCCCAAGUUCAUUUCCACAGAGUCCCACCCCGUCUGAUGCUGCUUUCUUUAGGGGUGUGGUCCAGCCUAUGAGGCCAGGUCCCUAGUCCCUCUGCAGACCCUCCCUGCCAGGGCCAGGGAUGCUGUGCCCCCUCCCCACUUCUUCCAAGCAGUUGCUCCCACUUUGUGUUGACUGUGACUUAGGAGAGUGUCACGACUUUGCGGUAUCUAGCCAGGUUUAAAAUAACAAAGCAAAUGUAUGUGGCAUUGGUAUCUUUCUUUAAAUGCUCUUCAGUCUGACAGUUCAUUUCCUAUGAAGGUGCAUUUGGGCUUUUGGGGACAGUGUCUCUUCUGGGGGAUGGUAGAGUGUGGGGUGCCCUGGAGAUCCCUGGCAUCUCUCCAGAGAAAGUCCCCACUACUGGCCAAGCAGAAAGCCACUGAUUCCUCCCAGUGUAUUUCUGAAUUUACAUGAUCCAAGGAUUACUGGGGCGCCCCCUGGUGGUGUCACCUUGGGGCUGCAGGGGUCCAGCAUGUGGUGAAGUUGGAGGCUAGAGGUGGGAAGGCCAAGGAGGCUGUGGCUGAAGAGGCCAUGGACCCCCAGCCGCACAUAUCUGGCAGCAUGUCUCCCACCUGCCCCUCUGCUAGGUCAUCUGGGGCUGGCAAGGUAGUUGGCAUAAGGGCACAGUGGGAAGCUUUGCCCUCCCAACUUUAAUUUUUUUUUUUUUAAUAUCUGCAGAAUAAACCCAAUGGUUAAUUUUUGAAUGAAUAAAAGGCUUUUGUUGAAUAAACAGUUGUUCCCAUCUUCUGUCUUGGCACUAGUUCAGGUUUGGUCUGCUUCCUAGGGUGGGGACAACACCUAGCACCUUUCGCCACUGCAUCCCUGGACAAACUCAGUCUCUAAAUUCCUCUGGGAUCUGUUUCUCCAUGCCUCAGAAGGUCAGCCGCCUUGCAGGGGUAUCAUGAAGGCUAAAACAGCAAGAGGCCCUUGCAGGGGUGACAGGCCAGCGAGUCCUGUAGCUCCUGAAGGACUUUGGGUAGCUUAAAACCCAAAUCCAAGAAAGGUGAUGUUCUGGUUGUGGUGUUCGCAUCCUUCCCUGCUUGCCUUCCCAGCACCCUCGGAGUCUUUUUUGGGGGUGCCGUCCUGUCUGUGUCUUGGGGGAGGAAGGGGCCCUCAUCUGGUGGUGCCGGCCAAGGGUGAUGGGCUUUGUCGCAUGUCCAGGCCUCCUCCCUGCUCGGCUGUGUGUCAUCUGUGUCUGGCCAAUUAAACGCGCUUCCUGGACCUCCCUGCC